AAUCGUCCACACGUGGACCGUCGAGAUCUAGGAAGAUUUAGGGCUUUGGGCGAUUGGAGAUUUAGGGUUUAUAGGCGAUGGCGAAGGGGAAGAAGACUGGGCGCAUUCUCAUCCGCCUCGUCUCCUCGGCGGCCACGGGAUUCUUCUAUGUCACCUCCAAGAAUCCGCGCAAGACGCCCCACAAGCUGGAGCUCGUCAAGUACGAUCCACGGGUAAACAAGCACGUCGUCUUCAACGAAGCAAAGAUGCGAUGAAGAAGACGAAGAACGCGCAAAAUGUAGGCUAGUUUUUUCCACAAAUUCUCUUCUGGGUUUAUUCACAAGAUCGAUGCUGGCAUGGAGCUCGAGUGUCAGCCACUGCCCAAGAACAAAAUACCACUGUCAAGAACAAAAAGGAUGGAAAAUUUACGUACCAUUGUCGCA